AUGGAGUGGUUUAGGCGCGUUCUCUGGAUGAUUUUGGUGCUGCAUACAGCAUCCUGUUACCACAAGGAUCACUAUUACAAUAACACCAUAGACCCGGCAUCGCUACAGUUGCAAGAGUUUAGAACGGAGCAUCCAAGACCUAUAGGAUUACUGACAAUUAGUUCCGGAGAACCUGUCGAGAUAAGAGAUACAGUAACUUUAAAUACUGAAAUGUUUAACAGAAACUUCCAUCCCGAACUGACCUCGCAUGCUGAUAGAGAAAGAAUUCAAGAAAGGGUAGUGCAUGCAAAGGGAAUUGGCGCGUAUGGAUAUUUCGAAGUAACCAACGAUGUAUCUAAAUAUACAAAGGCCGAUGUUUUUAACGGAGUUGGCAAGAAAACACCGCUGGUAGGAAGAUUUUCUACAUCCAUAGAGAAUCUUGGCGGACCAGAACUAGGCAGGGAUUUAAAAGGGUUAUCCAUGAAAAUGUAUACCAGAGAAGGAAAUCUAGAUUUCUUAUGUUUACAGCCACGGGUCUACUUCUAUAGAGAUCCCAUCAUGUUUGCACCGCUUAUACGGGCUUUUAGAAGAAAUCCCCGCACUAACCUGUAUGAUCUUACCAUGGUCUGGGAUUUUAUAAGCAACAGGCCACAGUCAUUAAACGCGAUGUUAUGGCUGCAAUCAGAUGUUGGCAUUCCGAAUGGAUAUAGAAAGAUGAAUAUAUUCCCAGCACAUACUUAUGAAAUAUAUAAUAAGCAAGGAGAUAGAUACUACGUGAAGUUUAACUUCAUAUCAGAGCAAGGCCAGGACAAUCUUACCACUAUACAAGCUAUGGCGAUCGCUGCACAAGAUCAGGAUUAUUACAGCAGAGACUUGUAUAAUGCCAUUGCUGAAAAAAAUUACCCGGCCUGGAGGCUAGAAAUGGAUGUCAUGUCACUGAAUGAUAUAAAAAAUAUCGAUUACGAUCCGUUUGAUGUAACGCGUUUGUGGAAAAGAGGAACAUAUCACACAGUUGAAGUUGGUCGCGUGGUCAUUAAUCGUCGCGUCGAAAACAAUUUCAAAGAUAACGAGCAAGCCGCAUAUAAUCCUGGUAAUUUAGUGCCUGGUAUAUCGGGACCACAGGACUAUAUAUUCAAAGCUCGAAGAAUAUUCUAUCCAGAUACACAAAAUUACCGAUUAGGUGUCAAUCACAACAAAAUCGAAGUCAACAUGCCCAGAUAUGAGAGAACUUACAACCGUGACGGUGUUCCACCACUGAGAGACAACAUGAAAGAUGCGCCGAACUACUACCCCAACACAUUCAAUGGGCCAGUACCGUACGUGGAUGAAUCCCGACCCAAAGAGACGCUGUUAAUUCUGGAAAGCCAAGCUGAAGAUUUAGAGCCGUCCAAUGACUUCUACCAUAAUGUUUUAGAGGAUGAUGCACAUAGACAACGAGUCGCUGAUAAUAUCGCUUCUAGUCUCCAAAAUGUUGUGCCGUCUGUGCUAAAUAAUACAUUGAGAGUGCUAACCCUUACUUCGGCUGAUUUAGGCAGGCGUGUUACAGCUUCCUUGGAAGCUUUAAGAGCGGCGGCCGCAAAAAUAAAUCCAGCUGAAAGGACUCGAAGAAUAGCGCAAUGCAUCGAAAUGAAUUUGAACCCAAAAUAUUGAGGUAAAAGUUCAUGGUGAUUUUCAUAU